ACCAAAACAUAAAUUGUCUCAUAUUGUUGAGUAUUAAUCUCAAUCAUUGUAGAGCCGUUUAAUUGUUAAUUUUUUGUUUGUUUUUUCUUUCUAAUUAUCCUUGAUUAUUUAUUAACCUGUUUCUCUGAUCUAUUCUCACCUUAUGGAUCCUUUUAGCUCUUCUUCACCAACAGUGAAAAUGUCCACAUUCAAGAAUAUUUUGUUCACAAUAAUCCGAUUCUUUUUACGUUCUCUCUCUUCAUUGGUUGGCCUUUUCAUCUGGUCAUCUAAAAAUGCUCUUCCACCCAUAACUGACCCUCUUCUCCUUCUCCCUGGAUCCACAUUGGUCUCCAUGAUUAAAUCAGGCUCACUGAAAAGCGAGAAAUUGGUUCGAGCCUACAUUUCCCGGAUCAAUCAGGUUCAACCUUUUCUAAACGCUGUAGUCCAAUCUCGUUUUGACGCUGCCUUGAAGGAAGCUCGAGAAAUUGAUAUAACCAUUGAAAGAGAGAUAAAAAAUGGCCUACCCGCUGAUUCACCUGAUUCCAUUAGAAGGAAAACUCUUCUUGGUUUACCCUUGACAACAAAAAAUUCACUUGGUGUUAAGGGAAUGAUUAUGGACACUGGUUCGGUACCAAGAGCUGGAACUUUGGCCGAGAAAGACGCUGAAGCGAUUGGAAUAGCCCGUGAAGCUGGAGCCAUUUUAAUUUGUAUAACCAAUACACCGGAAUUAGUUUUAUGGUAUGAUUCUCAUAAUUUUGUCUAUGGGAGAACCAACAAUCCCUAUGAUCUUGCCAGAAUUCCUGGUGGAAGCUCUGGAGGUGAAGGUGCUCUAAUCUCUGCUUGUGGUUCUUUGAUGGGUGUUGGAUCGGAUGUCGGUGGAUCAAUACGAAUACCCUCCUUUUAUUGUGGUGUUUUCGGCCAUGCAACCUCACCCGGAGUGGUUCCUGUCACAGGCAUGUAUCCACCACCAUGUAAAGCUUGGGCUGAUCACUUAUCCUUUGGACCAAUAUGUCGCUAUGCCUGUGACCUCAGGCUAUUGUUGAAAACGUUAUCCCAAUCAAAUGGCACUGAUCCUCUGGGACUCAAUGAAUCAGCCUCACUUGACAAUCUAACCAUCUACUACUUUGAUGACAUUGGAAAUCCUCUGGCUAAUCCAACCAUUCCUGAAGUUAAACAAGCCAUUCAAAAGACCUUGAAACAUUUUAGAUGCAAUUUUAAUGCUCGAAUAGAGAAAAUCAAUUACGAUAGAAUGGCCUUUUCUUUGAUCAUGUGGGCAACCCAACUAUCGUCAGGAGACGCAUAUCCAAUGGCCGUGGAAGCAGCGAUUCGUCAAGGUCGGAUUAACCCGUUCUGGGAAUUGAUCAAAUUUGUUUUCUAUCUGUCCAAUCAUACACUUCCCGUCAUUUUAUUAUCAAUGUUUGAAUCGAUCGGGCCCAAUAAAGGGUCAGCAUUACAUAAGAAAAUCCUCGAAAAAGCCGAUGAAAUGAAAGAUCAUUUCACUCAAUUAUUAGGUUCCAAUGGAGUAUUAAUCUGUCCCACUAUUCCCGUUCCCGCUAUCAAACACAAAACAACCCUGUUCAAUGGAUUCGACACCGGCUAUACAAUGUUCAGCAACGUAAUCUCAUUCCCCUCCACCCACUGUCCAACAGGUCUAACCAAAGACGGACUGCCCAUCGGUUUUCAAAUUAUUACCCCUCCGCUCAAAGAUAACACUUCGAUCACGAUGGCCUGCGAGGUGGAAAAACUAUUCGGUGGGUGGACUUCACCCUCUCAACUAAAUCUACCACAAUCAGAUUGAUCAAAAUCGAAACAGUUUUUUUAUUUUUGUUUAAAACAAAACAACUUUCUCGCUCUUAUAAUUAUUCAACAAGCUUAACAAACUUAAGAAUCAAUUGCGGCAAUUAACUAAUUGCUUGUUGAAUCAUGUAAAUUUUAUUUAUACAUCAGAUUGUUUAUUUUUCACUUUCUUAUUGUUAUCACACUUUUUUUGUUUACAUUUUCCUCAUCAUCAUCUCCCAUCAACUUAAUCAUUCCCAACAAUUGUCUCUUGAACACAAUUAUACUUUUAAUGUGCCAUUGAAUGGAUUAAAUUAAUUAAAAGUGUGAUUCUAAUAAAACAAUCAAAUUCAUCCAAACAAA